AUGGGAGAAAAAAAAACACUCCUACAUUUUUUGGGACUUGGGGGAAAUUAGGUUGAAGUUAGUGUGAGGUCUGUGGAGAAGCGCUGUAUAAGUGCGAGGCUGAGUGCUGGAAUGGCGGACUGCAGGUGAAGCCCGGUGCUGUGAGAGGAUUGUGUUAAUCUCCGCGACUGAGUCCAGCCGCUGCUGUCAGACUACAUAAGCGCACAGUCAUGCUGAGUUUCCUGCGACGGACUCUGGGUCGGCGUUCUGGCCGUAAACAUGCCGAAAAAGCUCGGCUCCGCGAAGCCCAGCGUGCACAAACACACAUCCCCGCAGCCGGAGAUGCCACGUCCAUCAUCACAUGCAGAGUAUCGCUGCUGGACGGCACGGACGUCAGUGUGGACUUGCCGAAAAAAGCCAAGGGUGAGGAGCUGUUUGACCAGAUUAUGUACCACCUGGACAUCAUCGAGAAGGAUUACUUUGGUCUGCGCUUCAUGGACUCAGCACAAGUGCCGCACUGGUUGGAUGUGACAAAAAGUAUUAAAAAGCAAGUCAAAAUCGGUCCUCCAUAUUGCCUCCACAUGCGGGUGAAGUUUUAUUCCUCCGAGCCCAACAAUCUGCACGAGGAGUUAACACGAUACCUGUUCGUGUUGCAGCUGAAGCAGGACAUCCUCAGUGGCAAGUUAUACUGUCCCUUUGAUACAGCGGUGGAGCUGGCAGCCUUCUCUCUACAGGCCGAGCUGGGUGACUGCGACCCUGCAGAGCAUGGCCUUGACCUGGUGUCGGAGUUCCGCUUCGUGCCCGAGCAGACAGAAGAUAUGGAGCUGGCCAUCUACAACGCGUGGAAAGAGUGCAGAGGCCAGAUGCCCGCUCAGGCUGAGAUAAACUACCUGAACAAGGCCAAGUGGCUGGAGAUGUAUGGGGUGGACAUGCACAUGGUUAAGGCCAGAGAUGGAAAUGAGUACAGUUUGGGACUGACCCCCACUGGAGUGCUCGUGUUUGAGGGAGAGACCAAGAUCGGACUGUUCUUUUGGCCGAAGAUCACGCGGUUAGACUUCAAAAAGAACAAGCUGACCCUAGUGGUGGUGGAAGAUGACGAGCAGGGCAAAGAGCAGGAGCACACGUUCGUCUUUCGCAUGGACCAUCCCAAGGCCUGUAAGCACUUAUGGAAGUGUGCAGUGGAGCAUCAUGCUUUCUUCAGGCUCCGUGGCCCCGUCCAGAAGGGAUCUUCUCGCUCAGGCUUCAUCCGCAUGGGCUCACGGUUCAGAUACAGCGGAAAGACGGAAUAUCAGACCACCAAGGCUAACAAAGCUCGGCGUUCGGCCACAUUCGAGAGACGUCCCAGCCGCCGCUACUCCAGAAGGACUUUGCAGAACAGAGGUCCCAUUGUUCCUAAAUCCCCAGAGAACCAGAAUAAUGGAGUGAAUCCCAGUCAAGAGGCAAAGUAUGUCCAGUCUCAGUCUUCAUGGCCUGGAGUCUCUCCAGUGUCCAGCCAGCCCUUGGCACAGGGUCCACUGACUAUUGAAGCUCUGCCUCGGAGUCCCGGUGGGAGCCAGUCGGUGAAGAGGAGCAUGCCUGAUGUGGCAAACCUGCUGGAGACCUGCGUGGACGACCUUAUCCGGACACCUGUUCCCAUGGCGACAGCAGGCACGGCUGAAGAGGCGGGACCUAGUGCUGCUCUCUCUGCCCCCGGCACGGUCACUGAGAACCUCUGUCUCAAUGGUGGCGCACACACACACACACACAACGCUGCAGCUCGACUAAAGCAGCUGGAGAUGGAGAGCACGCCGACCUCUGCUCCUGCUCGCUCUAACAUCAAUGUCAACAUGAACAACCAGGAGGACGUGUUGAAGCUGACGGAGAAGAGUCUGAGCAGCGUGACCAGCAGUCCUGUCCUCAGCCACCUGAAGGCACCGGAUGAGCUCAAGAGCAACAUCCUAAAAGCCCAGGCAGAGGCAGUGUUCAGGGUACCAAGAGAGGAGACUGGAGUCACGGGGGAAAAGAACUGUAACCUUCAGGAAGCAGCAGCCAGGCUGCAGGGUCGAGGUGGGCAGACGGGAAGCACUUCCUCUCUGACGAUGGGCAGUCGGGAAGCACUGAUGCAGACAUGCUCCAGCAGCCUUGAAGUGAAAGCAGACGAGUUCAUCUCCUCUCUGUCUAGCACGUCAGCCGAACCCCUGAAUGAAGCCUCCUCAUCCAAGGACAAAGCAGAGGAGCGGGAGGGGCAUACAGCACCCCACAUCGAUAACCUGAUAGACUUCACUGACCCUACACCAGUAGUUCAGCCGCCCAAACCCAUCAUUACACCUCGGUGGAUCGUUCCAGCAGCUCCAGUAGCUCCACAGACAGCCACCUUUACUAACGGCCUCCUAGAGCUUGACAAAGCAAAGACUUCAGCACAGCAUAGUGAAGGGGGUGCUGCUGCCUCGCUGCCUCAUCUCUCUCACACGCAUAAUGUGAUAGCCACCAGCAUUGUGGCUCACCCUCCGAGGAACAACCACAGACCCAGAGGCCUGCUGACCACUGAACUCUAACUGCCUCACGUCCAGCAGCAUGAACUUCCUGAAAACUUUACACCUACCCUCCUUUUAAUUUUAAAAAAAAAAAUGUAACCCCCCCCUCGACAUUCCAGUGUAACACUGCUUGUAGACAUUCCAGCACAGAGACUUGAAAAAGCGUGUGCAGAAUUCAUAGACGUGACGUCGGGGAGGAUCUGCUUCGCUAAGCCCCGCCUCCGCACUGCACUGCAUUUUUGUGAUGUAAUAAUAACGAAGGAUGUUUGGAGGCCGCAGGUUGUUUGUACCAGGUUGUGGUGCCGCUCUGCCCUCUGCUGUUCUCGUACAUCAUGACUGUGAAAGAGCAAACCAGCUCCAUCAACCACUACAGAGUUCCCAACACUGGAAACUUUUCAGCCUAGUCGAUUUUACCUUUUAUCACAGACUUCCUUUUAGAUAUUUUUAGUCUUCAGUAUUCACUAUAAGCUUUUAAAAACUGUAUUACAAACGGGAUUAUUAUUAUGAUUAGUCUGUUGAGCGAUUGAGCCAAUUUUAUUAUUAUAAAUUUUUUUUUUUCAACCCACUCUCAAUGCUGUUUUUAUCUUUGUAGUUGCCUUAUUUUAACAGUGGAUAUUACAGGGGUUACAUUUAUAGCUGACAGCAGUAUAAAUCAUAUAUAUAUAUAUAUAUAUAUAUAUAAUGUUUUUUUUUCUUUUAUAAUCCUUGGAAUUGCUUUAUGAUGUACUGGAUCUUUAGUAGAAGUUGUGUGUCACGGUUUUAGUCACGACACCGCGAGCGUUCAGACGACGUCCGUUCAAAGCCGAACCCUUAUCUAACGUUUAGGUGGCAGUGCGGAUAGGCUAGCUAGCUAGUAUUUGACGUGGCUAAAAUACAGGAAGUGUUACGUCUGCUGUUGUCACUUUCUCAUGUUGUCUGGUAGCUCACUCAUACCUUCCUGUCUGCACCUGGAACACUAGCUGGAAAAAUGUGACUAGAUGCUGAAGUUCUGUACUGAAAUUAGUUUUGACCUGGAUGCUCUAAGACUGCAUCAUUUGCAUUAAUGUGAAUUGCUUCCAUGUCCACCAGCUCAUCUGUGUGAUGAAUCAUCACAACUGUGCUGGCUUCUCUAGCAGUCUGGUUUUAAUUUAUUCUUCCUGUCUCUCUCUCUCUCUCUCUCUCUCUCUCGAUCUAUAGUUUCAUGCUGUAGGUAUAUUACCGACCUUCUGUAGAGAUCACUGUACUGAUGUAUAUCAUGUAUUUACACUGAAGAACCUUAGAGCACCUUUUGACAUUUUGUAUGAUUUAGCUUGUUUUCCAAGUAAAAAUGUAUUUUAACAGUAUAACUGCUCAUUUUCUUCACAGAA